AUGACGACAGGUACCGGGACCUGCAAACUCUGCUCACAAGAGCUAGUCAUCGAGCUAUUCCCGGAGGAUUUCGACGAGGCGACUUCGUCUUCGGUGGGUGAUGCGCAGGCGCAGAGUGCGCCGGAUGAUCUUAUGUUGGUGGGGUGUGGGUGUCAUUUUCAUUGGUAUGUACUCUAUAUUUGUGGUUUUUAUUUUGGGGUUUGAAUGAUUUGGUUUGAAAGGGUGAUCUUAUGGUUAGAGUUGAAUUGAGGAGAGAAAGUUUGAUGGAGGGCUUUUGCUGAUAGGGUUGGAGAUUAAGUUCCAACUCAAAUAUGGCGUUUUAUAAAGGCUGUUUUGUCCGGUGGCUCCGUUCCUUCGAGCUCUCCGGCUACAUCUAUACUUUCUCAAUCACUUUCCAACAAACUGAGUGCCACUUUCUUUCAUAGACCCAAGCUAACAACUCCCAGGCAAUGCCUCCUCGACGAAUCCCCCCUCAUCUCCUCAACCGGCACCUGCCCAUCCUGCAACACCCCAAUUCUCACCCCCACCCCCUCCCCCCAAAUCCUAACAACCUACACCAACGAAGGCGGCCACCAACCCCACCUCGACAUCCACCCCCUCAUAACCGAAGAAACCUACCUC